UUGUUUCUGUCUCCCAUAAUCUUGAACAAAAAAUUCUUCUCUCUGAGUCAGAUAAACACAUCAACUUCAGUUUCUCUCUUAACUUUCUCCAACAAAAUGGAAAGGCACCGCCACCAUCACCACCACCUCCACCACCACACCAUUAUUUCGUCGCCGUCAUCGCCGUCACCAACUACUUUUGUUCAAGCAGAUGCCAACACUUUCAGAGACUUGGUCCAAAGGCUGACCGGCUUGACCAGUUCCGACUCUGAAAAGCUACCCGUUACUACCCCCGGCCCUUCUUCUCGACUCCCUUCUAAACCCGCCAUACCACUCGACCCAACCGCCCCGCGCCGGUCGCCUUUCAAGCUUCAAGAGCGGAGACACACCACGAGAAAGCUCGAAAUCAAGCUAGGCCACACCACUCUCCGUACCCCAACAAAUCAUUACUCUCCACGCCAAACUCACCGACUCGACUCACCGAUUCCUAGCCCAGUAACCCCACUGGGAUCCGAUUCUCUGUUUUUCCCCAGCUCAGGUACUGCUUCACCUUCCUCCCCCGCUCUUUCAGAAGAAGAAAAAGCCAUUGCUGAAAAGGGUUUUUACUUGCACCCAUCGCCUUUAAAUACACCAAGAGGAAGCGAGCCGCCGGAGCUUUUGACUCUGUUUCCACUAACCUCACCCCGUCAGAAAGCUCAAGAUUAGGGUUCAUGUCUACGUACAACAAAUGAAGAAGAAGAAGAAGGGUAAAGAGAAGGGCAACGAACGGCAAUCUUGGGCAAACUGAUAUGAUAAUGAUUGGGAUUUAUUAUUAAUAUUAAUUUAUUUGGAACUGGUU